AUGAUGGAGAAGAUGACAGACAAUGUCCCAUGUAAGCACUUUGAGGCCAGUACAUUCACAAAGAGUCACUGCCAAAAUUGUUCUGAGGUCCAGGAGGCUCACUACAACUCCAACGCACAUCAGGAACCAGGGAGACCUGUGGGGGCUGAGACCCCUUACUGUGAUCUGCAGCAAGGUCUCCACCACCCCAAGGACACGCUCUGCAUCUUGACCCCCAGCUGUGAGUUGGUAGUGGCCACUGGGCCUGAGCAAAAGGCUAAGAGUGUCGGUGUGCCAGUGGAGCGUCCCUCGGCAGAGAGCCCCUCGGCAGGGAGCCCUGCAGCCCAGCCCGGGGGCCAAGAGAUCGGGGGUGGGGUGCCCUACCUAGAGAGCCUGACCAGCCCACAGUUGAGAAAUUCUUCAGAGGACAGCUGGGCCGGCGGAGCCACUGCCAGUAUCAACCCUGACCACAGCCCGGGCACCCACUGUCCUGAUGAUACCAGCACCCCGGACACUGCAGCCUUGGAUGCUGUUGACUGGCUCAGUAAGCCCCGGGACUCUGAAGGGCUCAUCGUGAUGUUUGCCAGGCAUCAGGAGCGUGCACGAGCCGACAGUCCCCGGAGGACUACAUCCUCAGUUUGCAGGGCAUCAGUCACAGAUCCUAGUCAUGGGAACCAUAGUUCUAGGGAGAGCCAGUCUAAGUCUCAUGGUGAGAGUGGUUACUUCUCCUUGGAAAGGAACAAGCUGGAUUCAGCCCAGGCCUCCCAAAGUCUACAAAGUGGACUUAGAAGUACAUCACGGAAUCCUGGUCCUACAAAAACCACAUACCAUGACAUACCCCAGGCCUCAUCUCUCCAGCGAUCCACCCAAAGGGACACUACCAGGGCCUCAUCUCCCCAUCGAUCUACCCAAAGAGACACCACCAGGUCUUCAUCUCCCCAUCGAUCUACCCAAAGGGACACCACCAGAUCCUCUUCUCCCCAUCAAUCCACCCAACGGGACACUACCAGGUCUUCAUCUCCCCAUCAAUCUACCCAAAGGGACACCACCAGAUCCUCUUCUCCCCAUCGAUCCACCCAACGGGACACUACCAGGUCUUCAUCUCCCCAUCGAACUACCCAAAGGGACACCACCAGAUCCUCUUCUCCCCAUCGAUCUACCCAAAGGGACACCACCAGAUCCUCUUCUCCCCAUCGAUCCACCCAAAGGGACACUACCAGUUCUUCAUCUCCCCAUCGAUCUACCCAAAGGGACACCACCAGAUCCUUUUCUCCCCAUCUAUCCACCCAACGGGACACUACCAGGUCUUCAUCUCCCCAUCGAUCUACCCAAAGGGACACCACCAGAUCCUCAUCUACCCAAAGGGACACCAUCCAAUGCUCUUUUACCCAACGAGACAACCCCCGGGCUUCCUCUCCUGCCCGGCCCACCCCAAAGGACAAUCCUCAGGCUUCUUCCACCCAGCGGGAUAAUCCUCGAUCUUCUUCUACCCAACGAGACAACCCCAGCACUUCCUCUUCUGCCCGAUUCAUCCAACGGGACAAUCUUCAGGCUUCUUCCAGCCAACGGGACAAUCCUAGAACCUCUUCUACCCAACGAGACAAUCCCCGGGCCUCCUCUUCUGCCCGGUAUAUACCAAAGGACAAUCCUCAGGCUUCUUCCACCCAGCGGGAUAAUCCUCGAUCUUCUAUUCAACGAGAUAACCCUGGGUCCCCCUCUCCCACACGAUCCAGCCAACGGAGCAACCCCCGGACCUCCUCUCCCCAUCGCACUAACCGUGACGUUCCUUGGGCUUCCUUCCGCCUCCGCCCAAUCCAAAGUAAUGGACCUCGGGCUUCUUCUCCAGCCCGCUCUAAGCAAAGCGAGGUCCCCUGGGCCUCCUUUCCUCUCCGGCCAGUCCAAAGGGACAGUUCCCAGACCUCCUCUCCCACACACUCAUCUCAACUUUCCUCGAAAACCAUCCAACGUGAUACCCCAACUCGGGGUUCCAGUUGCCACAGUGGCCCUCGGAGCUCCACCCCACCUCUCUCUUCCACACAUACUGCUUCCCAGGCCUCUUCUCUUUCACGUUCUACCUCCCUUGAUUCUCCUAAUCCCCCCUCAGUUGUGUGCAUUGGACACCGAGAUGCACCCCGGGCAUCCUCACCCCCUCGAUUCUCUCAGCAUGACCCAUUCUCAUUCUUUCCUGAACCCCAUGAUGACGAGAGCCAAUCCCCUCGUCAUGAACCUCCCUAUAUCCCCCCAGCUGUCUGCAUUGGGCACCGGGAUGCCCCUCGAGCCUCUUCGCCCCCUCGCUAUUCCCAACAUGAUCCCUUUCCUUUCCUCCCAAAUACCUCAGACACUGCAGAGAGCCAAUCUCCUCAACAUGACCCUCCCCAGAUGCCACCACCCGUGUGCAUUGGGCACCGGGAUGCCCCCCGGGCUUCAUCUCCCCCACGCCAGUCCCAGCAAGAGCCUUCCCUCCUCUAUCAAGAUCCCCCUGGAGCUAGCUCCGAGAGCCUGGCUCCCUCCACAAGCUCUGUGCACGACCCCCACCAUGUGCCACCUCCGGUAUGCAUAGGGCACCGGGAUGCCCCUCCCUUCUCUUCUCCCCCACGCCAUGUUCAGCAUGACCCUUCCCUCCUUUACCAGGAUCCCCCUGGGGCCAGCUCUGAGAGUCUGGUUCUCUCUAUGGAUUCCCAGCAUGACCCUCCCGAGAUGCCACCUUCUGUGUGCAUCGGGCACCGCGAUGCCCCACUUUUUACUUCCCCCCCACGCCAGGCCUCUAAUGACCCUUCUCUCCUGACCCAGAACCCUCCAGGUGCCAGCUCAGAGAGCCUCGCUCCCUCCAUGGACUCUUUCCAUGAUCCCCUCCAACCAACCCUCCACGUGUGCAUUGGGCACCGAGAUGCCCCACGUGCCUCUUCCCCACCUCGCCAUUGGGACCCCCCAGGGGUUGCUAGGUAUUCCUCCCCCCAACCAGUGCCCUCUGCUUCCAAGGGGUCUGGCAGUGGAGAGGGCAGACAUAACCUGGAACGGGAGGAGUACACAGUGUUGGCUGACCUGCCCCCACCCAAGAGGCUGAACCAGAAAGAAGCCGUGGGCAAGCAGAACGGCAGUGCCAGCAACCGCACCUGCAGCCCUGGGCAAACCGAGGUGGAGCGAAUCUUUGGGUAUGAGCGCAGGAAGUCUGAAGCCCUGGAGACAUACCAGGCCCUGGAAGCUGGGAGGUCACAGAGAGGUGGUGGGCGAGCAUCCGGGCAGCUGCAGCGCAGACAGUCUAGCCCAGCCCUGGGCAGAGAGGUGACCAAGAAGCACCCUCAGCCUUCAGAACAGGCCCUCAGGGGCCGAGUGGAGCCUCCUCACACCAAGAGCUCAGAGAGACACCCUGAGGGAGACCGGCGGAGCAAGGGGGGCUCUGCACCUCCCAAGAAUCUGGUCAAACUCCCAGACAGGGAAUGCAGAGCCCGGGGGCAGCUUGUACACUCCAAGAGCCUAGACAUCCCCCCUGAGAACGAUCGACUAGGACAAAGGCAGCCUCUGGGCCUUAGACGCUUGGGAAAGUCAAUGGAGGAGGACUGGGGGCCGCCAGAGGAAACCUCCAUCGCCAGGUCUCCCAAGAAACAUCUGGAGAGAGACUGGGGCUACCUGGGCCAGGCCUAUUCAGAGGGUGGGAUGGAGAGGGACUUCAGAAGUCAGGAAGGGCAUUCCUGCACCAGGGCUCUGGACAUGUAUCCAGACAGUGAGUGGAGAGGCCCCACCAAAGAGAUUGUAGGCUGCUGGCAGGCGCUAGCUGAGCAAGUGUGCUGUAGGCGGCUGGAGAGGCUCCGCCAGAGUGGGCAGCUACUGGACUGGGAUGGACUGCCCCAGCCCGGGAGGUCUGAGUGGGACUGUAAUGGCCUAGGGGAGCUUGGCCCACCCCCUGUUCCAGAGAGGCCUGCCAAGGUGUCCUGGGGAAGCCUAGGAGAGCUCACCCAUUCUCGGAGGCUGGAGAGAGCAGAUGAGAUGGACUGGGGAGACCUGGGAGAGCCCAUCCUCCCUCGGAGGCCCGAGAGACCCUUGGACAUGGACUGGAGGGACCUGGGAGAGCUCCCUUAUCCUUGUGGCCCCGAGAGACCUGUGGGGACAGACUGGGAAAGCCUAGGGGAGCUACUUCAACCUAGAAGCCCAGACUCAUGCAGAGAGAUCGACUGGGGAACCAGGGGGAAGCCCACGUUUACCGAGGGAUCCUGGCUGGAGAAUGGGGAGGCCAGGCCCCCCAAGGGCACCGAGGAGGCCCCAGAGCGGGAGUGGCAGAGCACCUCAGAGCCUGCCGGUCUGGUCAUCCGUGACAGGCAGGCCGAAAUGAAUGGGUACAGUCUUGGGGAGCGCCUACUGAGUCCAGUUCCUUCAGUAGAGGAAAAUGGGGCUGACCUGGGACAGCCAAGCGGCUCAGCCCCAUGGCCAAAGACAAAACUGGAGAGCUGUCACAGGGCCUUGGAGGCAGCUGGUCUGCAGGAGGAAGAGGACGAGACGGCAAACAAUUUACCACUGGGCCCCCACCCAUCUGAGGAGCCUGAGCCAGAUGGUGGCGCCCUCCUUGAGGCUGGACACCUGGGAGCAGCCAUGGGCCCAGAGACAUGCUUGAUGACUGACCAGGAGAAAGCUGCCACGGCAGACAACGUCCAAGCCAAGGGAAAGGCUGUGAGCCCCACCAAGGGCCGACUGGUGACUUCAUGGCGCAUGCCCGGAGACCAGCCUACACUCUUCAACCCGUUCCUGAUUUCCCUGGGGGUUCUCAAGUGGCGAAGGCCCGAUCUCCUCAACUUUAAGAAAGGAUGGAUGUCCAUUCUGGAUGAACCGGGAGAGUGGAAGAAACAUUGGUUUGUGCUGACUGACUCCAGCCUCAAAUAUUACCGGGACUCCAAUGCUGAAGAGGCUGAUGAACUGGACGGGGAGAUCGACUUACGCUCCUGUACGGAUGUGACAGAAUUCCCUGUCCAACGCAACUAUGGCUUCCAGAUCCACACGAAGGACGCCAUCUUUACGUUGUCGGCCAUGACUUCAGGCAUCCGGAGGAACUGGAUUGAGGCGCUGAGGAAGACCGUACGGCCAGCUAACGCCCCGGAUGUCACCAAGCUCUCUGACAACAACAAGGAGAAUACCAUCCAUGGGUAUAGUUCCCAGAAGGUCUCCUUGAAGUCCGAGGAGCAGCGUCCACCUUCAGACCUCAUCGGCCGGGGAACCAACCGGAAGGCGGACGGGCAGCGCCAGUCCUUGGAUUAUGUGGAGCUCUCGCCGCUAACCCAGGGCUCCCCGCAGCGCCGUGUAGGGAGCCUACGCAGCUCUGACCGAGGAGCCAAGCAGGAUGAGCUUGAGAGAGACCUGGCCCAGCGCUCUGAGGAGCGCCGCAAGUGGUUCGAGGCGACCGAUAACCGGGCUGGCGAGCCCACGGUGGGCGAGGGGCCGCGCAAGGUCCUGGGGGGGCCCCUCAGCGAGGACCAGCAGAGCCGGCUGAGUGACGAGAUUGAGAAGAAGUGGCUGGAACUGGAGAAGCUGCCUUUGAGAGAGAACAAGCGGGUGCCCCUUACGGCUCUGCUCACCCAGAGCAAAGGGGAGCAGAAGGUGCCUUCGGGAGAAGUGACGGAGGCCCUGGAGAAGGAGGUCCAGUCCUUGCGGGCUCAGCUGGAGUCCUGUCGUCUCCAAGGGGACGGUUCCCGGGACACACCCAAACCUCAUGAGGAUGGCCACGUCCCCCGGGGCUAUAUCUCCCAGGAAGCAUGUGAGCGGAGCCUAGCAGAGAUGGAGUCAUCCCACCAGCAGGUGAUGGAGGAGCUGCAGCGACAUCACCAGUGGGAAUUAGAACGGCUACAACAGGAGAAGGAGCGGCUUUUGGCAGAGGAGACGGCGGCCACAGCUUCUGCCAUAGAAGCCAUGAAGAAAGCCUUUAAGGAAGAGCUAAACAAGGAACUGGGGAAGACACGGAGUCUUCAGCAAGGUCCAGAGAGCCUCCGGAAACAGCACCAGUCUGACGUGGAUUCUCUGAAGCGAGAAUUACAGGUUCUCUCUGAGCAAUACUCCCGAAAAUGCUUAGAGAUCGGAGACCUGACCCGCCAGGCCGAGGAACGGGAACGCGUCUUGCGGCAUUGCCAGCAGGAAGGCAAGGGGCUCCUUCGACAGAACCAGGAGCUUCACUCACGCCUGUCAGAAGAGAUCAGCCGACUGAGAAGCUUCAUUGCGUCCCAGGCCUCAAGUGAUGGCCUAGGACACAACAAAGAGAGAAGCUCCUGUGAAUUGGAGAUGCUGCUCCGAGUGAAGGAGAAUGAGCUCCAGUACCUGAAGACGGAAGUGCAGUGUCUCCGGGAUGAGCUGCAGAUGAUACAGAAGGAUAAGCGCUUUGCCUCAGGGAAGUACCAGGAUGUGUGCAUGGAGCUGAACAACAUCAAGUCGAGGUCAGAGCGGGAGAUUGAGCAGCUGAAGGAACACCUGCGUCUGGCCAUGGCCGCCCUUCGAGAAAAGGAGUCAUUGCAAAACAAUCUGGACAACUAGAGGUUCUGGUUGCUCCAUCCCCUGUUGGAUUUGCCCAGCAGACAGGAGACGUGGGCUCGCCACUCCCGAGGAGACCAGAAGCCAAGCUUUCUCAUCACGCCUUCAUGGGCAGCGCUCACACAUACAUACAUGCAUACACACACACACACACAUGCAUACACACACAUACAUACAUGCAUACAUACACACGAGCGUGUACACACACACACACACAUACAUACACACACCCUCUGCAGAUCUGAGCGUGCCCUUCACACUGGGUCUUAACUUGCACCUUCUUCGGGAUUUUAUAUGUGAAAGAUUUUUAUAUAGAUUUUUUUCCUCCCCUGCCCCCCACCCCAAAGAAAGAACACUUUAUGCCUGA